AUGGCCCCGAAAGAGGACAUGCUGCCCCCGGGCUGGGAGGAUCUAGACAGGCAAAUGGGCCAGCUCUUUAUGAUGGGCUUUGAUGGGACCUCGGUCAGCCCGCAGAUUCGCACCCUCAUUGAAGACUACCAUCUAGGCUCCGUCCUACUGUCAGCUAAGAAUCUUAAAUCGGCUGAAGAAGCAACUCGGUUGGUCCUUGAGUUGCAAACCAUUGCGCGAGCUGCCGGCCAUCCGGUCCCCUUGUUGAUCGUGUUGGACCAAGAAAAUGGAGGCGUUAAUAGUUUAUACGAUGAGAUCUAUAUUCGUCAAUUCCCCAGCGCCAUGGGAAUUGUCGCGACCGGUUCCAAGACCCUCGCUCAUGAGGUCGCCGUUGCGACAGCGCAGGAAAUCAAAGCGGUAGGGGUCAAUUGGAUUCUUGGACCGGUCCUAGAUGUCUUGACGAACGUGCGAAACCAACCGUUGGGGGUGCGUACCUCUGGGGACGACCCCCAGGAAGCAUCGCAAUAUGGGGUCCAGUUCAUGAAGGGAUAUCAGGAAGCGGGAAUAGCCACCUGUGGCAAGCAUUUCCCCUCGUACGGCAACCUGGAAUUUCUGGGAUCCCAUGCCGAUGUUCCUAUCAUCACCGAAUCUCUGGAGCAACUCAGUCUAAGUGCGUUGGUUCCUUUUCGUAACGCCAUCAUGCAGGGCCUGGAUGCCAUGAUGGUCGGCGGUGUGUCCAUGUCCUCUGCUGGGAUGAAUGUGAUGCACGCCUGUCUGAGUGACCAGGUGGUCGACGAGCUUCUACGGAAAGAUCUGAAGUUCGAAGGAGUCGUCGUAUCCGAGUGUUUGGAGAUGGAGGCCCUGACUCAUAACAUUGGAGUGGGAGGUGGCACGGUGAUGGCAAAGAAUGCAGGCUGUGAUGUGAUCUUGCUCUGUCGAUCCUUCCCAGUGCAGCAGGAGGCUAUCAAUGGAUUGAAACUGGGGGUAGAGAACGGCAUCAUUGGCCGUCCUCGAAUCGAGCAGUCCCUGCGUCGUGUGCUGAAUCUCAAAGCACGAUAUACCUCGUGGGAGCAGGCACUGAAUCCGCCCGGAAUCCUCUCUCUCACCCAGAUGCAGCCAUCCCAUACGAACUUAUCCACGCGUGCUUACAACAGUUCCAUCACGAUGAUGCGGGAUAAGAAUAACCUACUUCCUCUUUCGAACGUGAUUGAAGCCAGCGAAGAGCUUCUCCUCCUGACCCCGUUGGUCAAGCCCCUUGCAGCGUCUGCAGUAUCACUUUCCGUGAAUGAAACUAAGCAUGGAUCUCUGGACACGACCUCGGUCGAUCAUGCGGCUUCGGUACUGAGCGGAGAAAGCGUAUUCAAAGAGCUGGGGAGAUCCCUCUCACGGCAAAGAAAUGGACGGGUGUUGCACACCUCCUAUACCCAUAAUGGCGUGCGGCCAAUCCAUGAGGAUCUCAUCAAACGAGCCAGUGCCGUCAUUGUGGUCACUGCAGAUGCCAAUCGUAACCUAUACCAGCAGGCAUUCACCAAACAUGUUUCGUUGAUAUGCCAGUCGCAGUACUCAUCGUCCGGCGAACGUUGCGAAAAGCCCUUGGUCGUGGUCGCCGUCAGCUCACCGUUUGAUUUCGCGACGGACUCUUCGAUUGGGACCUAUAUUUGCACGUAUGACUUCACAGAAACCGCGCUUCAGGCUCUAGUCAAGGUUCUCUAUGGAGAUCUGACACCCACGGGAACCUUGCCGGGCACCAUCAGCCGCAGCCAGAAAAUUCACCAAUCUCGACAGCAUUGGCUUGUAGAAAAUUGGAAUGAAGACCGAGAUGCCGAUGGCUUGGAGGCGCUGCUCGAUGCAGUUCGCGAGGACUGUACACAAGGACAGCGCUCCGAGCUUCUCGGUGCCACCUCUGGCAGCUUCCUACUCCGGAAGGAGGAUAUCGAUGAGGCACAUUUUGUGGUGCGUAACAGCAGUACCCGAGCGCUCUAUGGAUUCUGCGCAACCUACUUCUUUCGAUCAACCGGUACGGGCGUCAUUGGGUGUCUGAUCGUGGAUCCCUCGCGGCGGAAAUUGUCUAUCGGACACUCCCUUCACAGCCGAGCCAUCCGGACCCUGCUUCAGCGAAAGGGCAUGAAGCGAUUUCAACUGGGGUCUCGACUCCCGGGUAUCUACCUGGGGAUCCCUAACGUUACCCCUGUCGUACGUAAACGGCUGCGGCAGUGGUUUGCCAAUCUGGGGUGGAACAUUGCCCUCUCGCGCCCCGUCUGCAGUGUGGUGCUGCGCAACCUCGGAACCUGGACUCCACCAGAGGGCCUGACAGCCACGCUGCAGAAUGCCGAAGUCAUCUACGAUCUCGUGUACGGAUGGGAUUUCGCGCGUGCCAUUUUGGAGCACAUCAAGACCAAUGCCCGACAGGGAGUCGCGGACAUCUACAGAAUUGCACUGGGUGGUGCACCCAAUUGUGGCAUCAUCCGAGCCAAGCGGUCGUCCGACGAUAUGAUUCUUGGGAGCAUUGUUGUCUACAACGAGCGAUCUGCGUUGGCGGACCAUAUGCCGGUCUUACGUGCCACUCAGACCACUGUCGGGGGCAUCUCGUCACCAGUCAUCUCGCCCUGUGCUGACGACUACUCCACUGUCAUGCAGGGGUUGAUUCUGCUAGCUAUCAAGCAAAUCCGCAAGCUGAAUGCUAACGCGGUAGUAAUGGAUUGUGUGGACGGCGAUGGCAACUUCGAUUGUCUUUCCUCGAUGGGCUUCAGUGUGCUACACAACUUUGAAGAGGUGAAUUGUGACGCCACCGCCUGGACGAUGAUGCAUCCUUCAUAG